AUGGCUCAAGUGCCCGGAAUUAGCUCGAGGCUAGUGCCCGUACUGUCACAGAUGGAGCUGACGAGUAGCAAGUACUGCAACAUUACCGGCUCUCUUCGUACUACGCGCAACAGUUCCACGAUUGAAUUGCAUCUCGAUAUCCUUGAGCGUAUGCAUUACGGUAAGAUGAACACCGGUUACUACAUCCGUACCAGUGCGGCCGAUAAUUGGAUAUACAACAAAACGUUCGACUUCUGCACAUUUCUCGUGCGGCCUAAUCUUGAUCGCUUGAUGAAUCUUGUACGGGAAGAGCUGCGACGCCGGGGCCCGAUGCCGACCCGGUGUCCUAUAGAUAAGGGUCUGAUAAGUUUUCAAAACUGUUCGUUAAGUUACAUCCGCAUACCGGCCUUUCUACCACAGUCAAAGUUCGGUUUGGUGAUACAGACAUUCACCGGGAAGCAGAUGGAGCCUGUGUUUCGUGCAGUUAUACAAGGUAGACUUAAGCUAAUAAACUAG